AUAUUAUUAUCGUGGGAAACAGUUGUAAUUGGUUUUUUUAUGAAACAAGUUUGUCGUAAUGAAGAGUCGGCUAAUUUUUGUAUUGGCUAUCACAGCCUACAUUAUACCAUCUUUUGCCUUUAAUAACUACCUUUGGGGAGAGAUUUCCGGCAACGAUUAUAUUUUGGCUAAGGAUAAAGUGUCAAAAGCUUUUUUUGUUGGCCUUGUUCAAACAAAAAAAUAUGUUUUCAAGCAGAAGGAUAACUUAAAUGCGUUGACUAUAACGGCAAUAAAAAUAACAGAUAAAAAAGAAAAGAAUGGUGCCACCGCUGAACUACUCUCUGGUGGGCCCGGAUCAAAAGGCGCUACCAUUUUAUUUCAGUCAAAACGAGGUUAUGGAAUAAAUGAUGUUGUUGAGAUAUGGGGCCGAUAAUAUACAAAAUGCUUUACAUUUCACAAUGUGUUGUUUAUUUGUCGCUUUCCGUAACUUUCACUUUCCCUUAAUAAUCAGACACGUUUAUAAAAACUUUAAUUGGUUUUCUUCUCUUAAAAAUUUUACACCAUAGGUAAACAUUGAUAUUACCUAAGAUAAGUUUUUAGUUGUCAGGCUUCUUUAUUAUCAAAGUGGGUCAAGAUGUAUCGAAACAGACCUAUAAAUUGAGGUUUCCUCUCGUCAGUCUCAACAGUAAAGUUUCAUCUCUCCACAAAAACUCACCAAUAAAAUGUACCUCUGCAGCGUCGUAUUAUUAUUAUUAAGCACUACCUAUUCAAUAAAUGGUCUAAGCGGAAGCGGAGGAGAAGGUAAUGAUUAUACCUAUGGUAGCAAAGCAACAACUGAUACUCUCAUUGCACGGGAGACUAUAACUAAAUCAAAAAUGAUGCUGCAGACUGUAACUAAAACAUACACUCUAACUCAAGCUGGAACAGCGAAAACAAUAACAUAUAUACAAAUAACAGACCUGAAACGUAUGCGUGGAGCGAGCGCUGAAAUUACAUCCGGUGGAGUAGGUUCCACGACAGUCACAAUAAAAUUUACUUCAGCACGAGGAGCAGGAAUAAAAUCUCAAGUUGAAAUAUGGGGUUCUACAUAAAUAAGCUCCCAACAAUCUUUGUUAAAAUAAAUACAAAAUAUGUACGCAAUCGAA